GCUAUGAUAUCAGGUUGUCCACCUGGUUUGGAAUGUUUAGCAGUUAUUGACCAGCUAAUGGUACAUCAAAAAGUUGAAAUACUUGAAGCUAUGGGUGGUGGGGAGACAAAUAAUAGAUAUGCUAUUUUGAAUGCACUGGGUCAAACAGUUUUGUUUGCUGUGGAGGAAAGUAGUUGGUUCGGUCGUAACUGCUGCGGCGAAAAUCGUGGAUUUGAAGUGAGAGUUUACGACAACUUUCAGAGGGAAGUACUGCAUUUCAGCCGGGAAUCUUGUACGGACAGUAUUGAGGUAUCGGCACCACCGGGAAAUUUGAUUGGCAGUGUUGAAAACAACGCUGGAUCAUGGUUCACACCAAAGUUUCGCGUUAAAAAUGAAAAUAAUGAGAAAAUAUUACGUAUUGAGGGUCAAAUUACUUUCGGAAAGACUAAAAAAUUCGAUGUUCUUCCAAUCGAGGGUGAAGCAAUUGGAAUAAUUGCAAAGAAAUCGAGUGGUUUUGCUCGUGAAUUGUUUACAGAUGCCGAUAACUUUGCAGUUGCUUUCCCAAUGGACAUGGAUGUUCGUUUGAAAGCACUACUUAUUGCUGCAACUCUUCUCAUAGUACAUCAAUUUAAAAAAUUUUAUUGUUUCUUAAUACCUUUCACAAUUAUGUAGAAGAAAUAUAUUCAGAUUGUGUGGUAAUUAUAUUUGUGUAAUAGUGACAAAGACGUAUCUGUUUUGUUCACUAUUAUCUGUGAAGAUCUUAAUUUUUGAACUUCGAUUUCUACUUGCCAGCGAAGAUGCAA